AUGUCGUCGUCUUCUUCUUCCUCUUCUUCUUCUUGUUCUUCCUCUUCCGAAGGAAAAUGGCGGUUCGACGUUUUCAUUAACUUCAGAGGCGAGGACGUCCGCUCCGGCUUUGUCGCUGACCUCUACAGGUGUCUUACUCAUGGCCUGUCUCAUGGCAAAAUCAACGUCUACAUCGACAGCGAGGACUUGAGGCGCGGGGACGAGAUCUCGCCCGCCCUCAUGAAGGCCAUCGAGGAUUCGCGGAUCGCCGUGCUUGUCUUCUCCGAGAACUACGCUUCGUCUAGGUGGUGCUUGGACGAGCUGGUGAAGGUAAUGGAGUGUAAGAGGCUCAAGGAACAGCGGGUGCUGCCCGUGUUCUACAAAGUGGAGCCCGGGGUGAUUCGAAAGCAGCGAAAUAGUUAUGGCGAGGAAUUGGCUAGCCACGAGAAGAAUUUGGGAAAGGAUUCUAAGAGGGUGAAGAAAUGGAGGCAAGCCCUAACUGAAGCCGGCAAUUUGUCCGGUUGGCAUUAUAAGCAUGGAGAUGAUACCAAGUUCAUCGAGAGCAUCGUCAAAGAGAUCUCGACUAUAGUAGCACGAGAACCCUUGAAUGUUGCUGAGUAUCCCGUUGGUGUAAGUCGCCGGGUAGAAAAAGUAAUGUCGUUGUUGAGUAUGGGCUCGGAUGAUGUUCGGAUGAUAGGAAUAUGGGGAACUGGAGGUGUAGGGAAGACCACUAUUUCUAAAGGUGUCUAUAACAGUAUUGCUCGUCAGUUUGAUGGGUGCAGCUUUCUUGCAAAUGUUAGAGAAACUUCCAGUAGACCUAACGGCCUAGUUGAUUUGCAGAAUGAACUGUUAUCCCAGAUAUUAUGGAAAAGAAAAUUAGAGGUCUUAAGUGUGCAUGAAGGCGCUAAUCUAAUACCAGGUAUACUUUGCUCUAGGAAGAUUCUACUUGUGCUUGAUGAUGUGGAUCGUGGGGAACAAUUAAAUGCAUUGGCUAGAGAAUGUGGAUGGUUUGGAAAAGGGAGCAGGAUCAUCAUUACGACAAGAGAUAAACAUGUACUAACUUCUUGUGCGAAAGAUCAAGUAUAUGAAGUUGAUCUAUUGGAUCAAGGUGAAGCUUUUGAGCUUCUCAGUUCACACGCUUUUCAAGGAAACCAGACGAAUGACAUAAGCAAGGAUCUGAUAGAUAAUAUUUUGGACUAUGCUAAAAGUCUUCCCUUAGCCAUUGUGCUAUUGGGUGCCUUGUUACGGGGUAGAAGCAAAGAGGAAUGGGAAAGCAUAUUGGAUAAACUUGCUAAAAGUCCUAUUAGAGAUAUAAACAGAGUUCUCAAGAUAAGUUUUGAUGCUCUGGAGGACAAUGAGAGGGAUAUCUUUCUUGACAUUGCUUGCUUCUUUAAGGGGAGGACAAGGGAUUAUAGAGAUCCUUAG